AUGCAGAGAUCCCCUUGGGCUUGGCAGCAGCCACCUCUACCAGCCAACUACUCCGUAGUUGGUCAGUCCUCACCGCCUACACCGAAAGAUAGAAUAUGGUACAGAAAACUCUGGGGCCUCGAGGCCAGCUUCGCCAUGUGCGGUCACGUCCUCCCUGGAAUGGCCGAUAUCAUCCUCUCUUGCCAGCUCACGCCUCCAGACGGUUGUCCCACCGAGAUUGACGAAGCUCUCGUCCGCACCGCCGUCCGUGCGCUACGAUUCGAGCACCCCACCAUCGCCGCCAAGUUCGCCUGGCCGAAACUCGAGCCGGACACCUUCCCUGUAGCCGAUAACGCGCGGUUCGUGUAUGAGGUACCUGCUUCUGACGAAGACGUCGAGGGAUGGCUCUCGCAAGUCGUGGUCACGCGAAUGGACGCGGCUGAAGCAGCUCGCGGAGACGUAGAUUCGGCGGUCAGGUUUGUGUCGCAUGACCUGGGCAGAGUGGCCUACGGACCGCAAACCACUCUGUUCGAGCUGCACUUCAUCCCUGUCUGGCAAGGUUCUUCCUGCGGUGUCGUCUUUCGCUUGGGACAUGCAUUAUUCGACGGGAUUGGGUCAUUUCAGUUCCUUGACAUGUUCAAUGCAAGAAUCGCGCAAUUAUUAAAAAUGCCCGUGAGGGAGGAAUUUGCGUGGGGAGAAGAGGUGACAAGAUUGACAGGCGCCGUACCAGACCGUGCUCGGGUACCGUGGUCGCCAGACAAAAUAGAUGACGACAAGGUGAUGCUUGACAAGCUCCAAGAAGCCCUCGUAAUUCAGAAGAGUCUGCGAGGAUUAGACGUCCCCAGUCCUCUCGGGCCCCCUUCGAGCACCGGUGUGGUCCUCAGGACGAUGUCUCCCGACUCUCUGGGACGGCUCUCUGCGGCUGCGCGUAACCGCGGAUGUACCGUUUUCAGCGUGCUCCUGUCUGCGAACAUUCUUUCGCUUCUCCGGCUCCGCCCCCCAUCGGAUCCGAAUAACAGCGAUAUUGCGAUAUAUCCCAGCGCCGUCGACUUGCGCGCAAGGAAUCUUAGAGAUGGUGCCAGUCCACGAGGCGUAUCAAAUACGAUAGGCUUCCAUGUCUAUAUCGUGCGGAACCUAAGGCGGUUCGUUCAUGACAGGUCUAAGACAGAUGCGUCAGGGGAGACCCGGACGCUCUUGGAUGACCUGUGGACGUUGGGGAGGGAAGUGAGAAAACAGGUCGACGAGCAGCGGAGAUACAUGGACCGUAUUGGGUUCUGGGGCAAUGAGCUGAUGGAGGUCCUUGGACACUUCACAGCCGCAGCCAGGGCAAGAGAUAAACAGCCCGAAGAACGUAUAGCGAACCUCUCGCCACUGCCCAACUUAUCAUCUUUAGGCAUAGUCGACGGUCACCUCUCCCCCUCGCACAAGGUUUCCGAUACAUCGGUGCUGACGAUCUCCAGUCCGAGAUUCAGUUCCCGUAUCCCGUAUAACCCUUCCGUGAUCAUGCAUCCUUAUACAUGGCAGGGGACGCUCUAUGUCCCUUUCAGCUUUCCUGAGGGCUACAUGUGCUCAAACGAGUCUCAGGGAACUGGGGUGGACGCUCAGGUAUUGAACUUUACCGAUGAAUUCAUGAAAAUCUUGAAGUCCGCAUCCGAAGAUGGAGCGAUGUGCUCAUCAGACCAAAUGUCGGGGAAGCCGCUGGCAAGAAUAUGGAGGAAGGUCUCUCGCUGGGCUGGACAUGUCCGAAGGUCAUCUGCGCCUCUCGCCUCAGACGUCCCGAAACACAGCCGAUCCGGCUCAAGCCGAAGAACCUUCAGACUGUCGUUCGUAGCCUAA